AUGGUAGUCCUGCCAGAAGCUGGUCUGCACUGUCGUAUGCCCAGCUGGGCAAUGUUUGCGCUGCCAGACACGGAGCAGUCGUGGCUAGCGAUUGUGGUCGUAAAGUCGAAUGGUCGUCGAAGUCAGUAUCUCAGAAUCUGUCACGAUAAUCAUCGUGAACUAUCCGUCAAUUUCUCCAUAAUAACAGUAAUAAUUGAAUAUGAAAACUCUACAUUUCAGUUACGAACUCUGAGUUUUUCAUGUGGACGGUUAUAUUUUCAGUGCUGGCUACAGUUGCAUUUGCCACAAUUACUGACUCUAAAGUUCAUCCGAUGUGAUAAGUGCAAUUUUCUUGGUCAGGACACUAUUUCCUUCAGAAAAAACUUGUCGUGCACAGAUGUCUUUUUCACCUCUACCACCAUGCCCAAGGCCCUGGUGAACAUCCAGACCCAGAGCAGGUCCGUUUCCUAUGCAGAGUACUUGGUCCAGCUCUACUUCUUCUUGACUUUUGGGGACAUGGACAUCUUUCUCCUGGCUACAAUAGCCUAUGACUGCUAUGUGGCCAUUUGCCACCCACUCCACUAUCUGACAAUCAUGAGCCUCCACCGCUGUGCCCUACUGGUAACUGCUUGCUGGACCCUCAUGAGUCUUGUUGCCAUGACUCACACCUUCCUCAUAUUCCAGCUUUUCUUCUGCUCUGAGAAGAUAAUUCCUGACUUCUUCUGUGAUUUGGGACCACUGAUGAAGGUGUCCUGCUCUGAUACCCAGAUCAAUGUGCUUGUGCUCCUCUUCCUAGGGGUAACAGUCAUUUUAAUCCCUUUUUUGCUCAUCCUGGUCUCUUACAUCUGCAUUGUUUUAGCCAUCCUCAGGGUCCCCUCUGCCCAGGGAAGGUGCAAGACCUUCUCUACUUGUGGCUCUCACCUCACUGUUGUUGCUCUGUUUCUUGGGAUGGUAAUCAGGGCUUAUCUGUGCCCUUCAUCCUCUUCCUUCAACUCAGUGGAGGACGAUACAGUGGCUGCUGUCAUGUACAUUGUGGUGACUCCCCUGCGGAACCCCUUUAUUUACAGCCUGCAGAACAAGGACUUGAAGGUUGCAGUGCUUAGACUUCUCAAAGGCAGAAUCUGCUUCUCACGGGGCCAGUGA